AAUUCUUUUACACACCACCACCACCACACGCAACACUUGAACCACGAUCUUCAUUUGCGUGCCGGCCAUUCAGUACUACUGAACCACCACGCGUUGUCUGCUGGAAAUUUUUUUCAAAUUCGAAUAACUACAAAGUACUAGACACGAAAUCAAAAUGAGUACUGAAACCGUGAAUGCGUUGGUAUUCGACUACUUGAAUUCAUUGGAUCAGAACCUUGCGAACAUGUUCCAGACCAAGACUAAAGCCUCAAAACUGCAAAGAGGACAAACUAAAUUAACCCAGCUGAUCACUGACCAUUUGAAAACUUCUAAAAAGACAAUUAAGUUACAGAAAAAAGGACCUUCUGUAGAGCAAAUAAUUAAAUUAAGUAAUGGUAAAGCAGCUGCAGUUCCUGAUGAAGAAUCUGAAGAGGAUAGUUCUGAUGAUGAAGUAGCACCUAAAACAAAAAUUAAUGUUACAAAUACAAAGAAGGUAGAACAGGAAGAAGAAAGUUCUGAAGAAGAAAGUUCAGAUGAUGAUGAUGAACCACCUGUAAAACGAGCUUGCAUUGCUCCUGUUAAGAAGCCUGUUACCAAAAAAGAAUCUAGUUCAGAAGAAGAAAGCUCAGAAGAAGAAGAAACUCCUGCUCCAAAAAAACCUAUUACUAAACCAGUUGUAAUGCCUCCUGUAAAUAAGAAGACUACUGCUGAAGAAUCAUCUGAAGAUAGCUCUGAAGAAGAAAGUUCCGAAGAAGAGAAACCUGUAGUCAAGAAAACCCCUCAAGUACCAGGAAAAAAGAUAGUACCAGUUAAAAAGGCAGAAUCUGAAGAAAGUUCAGAAGAGGAAAGUUCUGAAGAGGAAACUGCUGUGAAAGUUCCAGCUAAAGCAGUUCCUGCUAAAAAUGGAAAGAAAGAAUCUAGUUCUGAAGAAGAAAGUUCUGAUGAUGAAGAAACCCCACCAGUAAAAAAAACUGUUGUUCAGCCAACUGCAAAAAAAACUGUUGUUCAGCCAACUGCAAAAAAAGUUGAAGAAUCCAGUUCAGAAGAAGAAAGUUCUGAAGAAGAAACUGUAGUUAAAACUCCAGCUAAAGCUCCUGUUUCUGCAAAGAAAGCUCAAGAAGAAUCUAGUUCUGAAGAGGAAAGUUCAGAAGAUGAAACUCCAGCUACUACCAAACCAUUAAAAAAAACUGUAACUAAACCAGUUGUUGGUAAAGAAGAAAGUAGUGAAGAAGAAUCUGAUGAAGAUGAUGAGGAGGAAGAUGUUAAAAAGACUCCGACUAGUCAGAUCAAAAGUCAACCAUUCGUCAAAGCAACAAAUGGAGAUGAUGAAAAUGGAACCAGCAACAAAUGGGGUGAAGACCGACAGGGAGGUUUCAGAGGUGGUAGAGGUAAUAGAGGAACAAGAGGAGGAUUUGGAUUUAGAGGUGGUCGUGGAGGUCGUGGGGGUUUCAAUCGUGAUGACGAUGAUCAAAAUGGAGGGGGAAGAAACAGUUUUGGUCGUGGUGGAGGUGGCCGUGGAGGUGGUUUCAAGCGUAAAUUUGAUGAUUCUGGUGAUGGUGAAAAUGAAGGAGGUGGUUUCAGAAAGAGUUUUGGAAGUGGCGAUGAAAAUGGUGGGGAACGCCGUAGUUUUGGAGACAAAAGAGGAUUUGGAGGUAAUAGAUUUGGUGGUGAACGAGGCGGAUUUGGAGGUCGUGGUGGUGGUGAUAGAGGUCGAGGAGGAUUUGGUGGACGUGGUGGUGGUGGAAGAGGUUUUGGUGGACGUGGCGGUGGUGACCGUGGCAGAGGUGGUCGUGGAGGUAAUGAUCGUAGCAGUGGUGGUUUUGGUAAAGAUAGAUAUUUCAAUAAAAGUUUUGACUCAAAUAGUUCAACGCCUCAAAAUAAAAAAAUUAAAUUUGAUGAUUAAAAGGUCAAUAUGAAAAUUGGGGUAAGAAAGCUGCUCUAGACUUACAAUACACAAAAGGAAAAUCAUUUAGACAUGAAAAAA